ACAAAUAUUAGACAAAUUAUCAUUCACUUUUCGAAUUCAGAGAAAAAUAUAUCAAAUCUCUAAUUAUAAUACACAUAUAUAUAUAUAUUGCAGCUGAGAAAGAAAAAUCCAACCAACCAAAUUAUUUGUCAAAAAAAAAAAAAAUGUUGCCGCCAAGAACGACCGCCGAAAUCCCUAUCACCGGAGCAAAACUCUCCACCGUCGUGCCCGGAACCGUGCGUGGAGAAAACGUAGACCGAGAAUUAACCAACAUGGACUUGGCGGUGAAGUUUCAUUACAUCAAAGGGGUUUACUUCUUCAAAAGGAUCACCACUGACACCGACGAUAAACCGGUAAUUCCGUCCGAUGGUGGAAUAACCAUUCAAGAGCUGAAACGGCCAUUGUUUGAGCUUCUCGAUUGGUUCUUCCCAGCCGCAGGGAGAAUUCGGAGGUCCGACGCCUCCGGUCAUCCGUACAUCAAGUGCAACGAUGCCGGUGUACGGAUUAUCGAAGCUUUUUGCGAGGAGUUGACGGUGGAGGAGUGUUUGGAUAUGGUGGAAAUGGGCUGUUCGUUUCACGAUCGUCUUUGUUAUAACCAAGUUCUAGGCCCUGAUAUUGGCUUCUCGCCUCUAGUCCUUCUGCAGUUUACCCGGUUCAAAUGCGGAGGACUGUCUGUGGGCCUUAGUUGGGCUCAUAUGCUUGGUGAUAUAGCAUCGGCUUCAAUGUUCAUGAACACAUGGGCCCAAAUCAUGGCCGGUCACGUGCCUAAAGAUUCCAUGCACGUGACAAGCCCAAAACAAUCAAAACCAUUUUCAGUGGAGGAGUUGGAUCCACCUCCGGAAAAUCAUUGGUCAUUACCUGCCAAUAUCGGUCAAAAUAUGAGAACUCGUUGCUUUAAGGUGAGUGCCAAACAACUCAACCUUCUAAUGUCGAACACUUGUGGUAAGAAAGCAGCCAAUUUUUCCAGGUUUGAGAUACUCUCCGCUGUGAUAUGGAAAUCCUUAUCCCAGAUAAGGAAAAACUCAUCUUCAAAAGUGGUCACAAUUUGUUGGUACAAAUAUCCACGUGGCGAUAAAUACCGUAUUCCAAACAACAAGAGUAUGGUUUUAAGCACAGUUGAAAGAGACUCUGAAGUUAAUAAUGUCUCAGAAUUAGCAUUUCUGAUUGCAGAGAGAAAAAUAGGCGAGGAUAAAGCAGUUAAAGAAAUGGUUGGGAAAGUGGAUUAUUUGGUGUAUGGAGCCAAUCUCACGUUAGUGAAUUUGGAAGAUGUAGAAAUUUAUGAGUUGCAAAUGAUAGGGCAAAAGCCUAUUUUUGCAAAUUUUAGUAUUGAAGGGGUUGGUAAUGAAGGGCUUGUUUUGGUUCAUUCUGGUGGCCCAAAAAAUGGGAAAGACGAUGAUAUAAAUGGACGAGUUGUGACUGUGGUAUUGCCAGAAGAUGAACUUGCACAUCUCGAAAAUGAGCUCAAAGCAAAUUGGAAUAUUGCUUAGCCUUAAUUUAUGACUAGAUCAUCACAAUGUGAUUGUCAGUGAGUGAGCCUAGGUAGCUAAGUCAUUAUGGAUAUGGAGUGUUUUAUUUGUGAGACUACUCAGUCUAAGUUCAAAAAAGAUAGUGUUAGUUUCGUUUUCAUAUGGUAUUCUUAUGUCAUGCAAACAUAUAUUAUGGAAUUUUCUUAGUUGAUAA